AUGAGGAUUGGUAUCAGGCUGCAACUUGGCCUGGUUGUCCUGGUGGCUGCUCUUGUUCCAUUGAUUGUGCUUGCUCUCGCUACUUGGUUCAACAAUUAUAGUUUUACAGUCGACGUUAAAGAAAAUGCACUUAGUCUUACUGCAUCACUCAAAGCCGCUUCAGUGGCUUCCGAUCUACUCCUAAUCCAGGCCACAUGUUCGACCAUUGUCACUAGGAUCCUCAUCCAGGAGGCCAUUCGCGACUUUUACAGUGGAGUACCCGAGUGGAAUGAAGCAAGAGAAGAUGUACAAAGCGCUUUGGCUUCUGGUGGUCUAUCUGCAUUGCUUCAAGUAAUCAUAUUUUCGCGGAAUCAGACGGGUUCGGUCAAUGGCAUAUUGAAUGUCACAGCUAAUGCAUCCGGUGUUGCAGAUAUACAACUUCCCUACAAUAACUCAUUAAAUCAGCCCGCUUUCCUAGGCGAUGCUGAUCAGGGAUAUCCAGGGGCUUUGUAUCCCAAUAUCUCUUAUGUCCCAACCACAGAUCCCGACCCAAAUGCUCCAGGAACGAAUCUUACACAGGUAUACGCAUUUGCCGAUUACCCACUGAAUAAAAGUGCUGCUCUUCUCCUCGGGCCGUUACAGAUCAAUAGCACCUAUGCUUUAGUAUCACUGACCUUACCGAUUGUCGAGAAUUCGAAUCCCGAUUACGUUCUAGGUUAUAUGACUGUGGUAGCAGCUGCGACUUCGCUAAUUGAUGUUAUUUAUUCUCGGGAAGGCUUGGAUAAUACAGGAAUAGUUUUGGUCGUGGGAACCAAUCGACGAGAGAACCAGUUCUCGUACAUGUCGAGACCGGCGACAGCAACUUACAAACCCGACCUUCAUAAUUUGACAAAAGCAAGUGUCAAAUACGUUUUCCCCCCAUAUUCUCUUGAAGGACAAUCUGAUAGACAUUCCGCCUACAAUGCAAAUUUAACUCAAUAUGGAAGCUCGAAUUUUAGCGAAGGUCAAUAUCCGGCCGUUCUUCACGGGUUCGGACAGCAGAAUCCGAAAGUCAAUAAUGCCAGUAGCUAUAUCACAACCACAAACGAGCAAGGAGUAAAGGUGUCGGUAGGCUGGGCAAGACCACAAAGUGCACUGGUUGAUUGGCUUUUGAUAGUAGAACAAGCUCAUUCUGAAGCUUGGGAACCCAUUAUCAAGCUUAGGAAUAUCUUACUUGCAUGCGUUUUUGGUACAUUUGGGUUGAUCCUUCUUGUGGUUAUACCGAUGGCUCAUUACAGUGUUCGACCGAUCAGAAGACUGAGAGAUGCCACGAAGCAAUCCAUUCAGCCACCGGGUUACACUCCGCGUCAAAGUAUAGACGAUGAAUUAUAUGGCGAUGAAGAGGUUGGCGAGGGCGAUUCAAGCGGGUACAAGAAAACGGGAUUUUUGGUCCGACUGAGAAAAUUGACACAUUCGGGGCGUCGUGUGUCAAGAGCAGAAAAAUCAGAGGCCGAUAAACGAAGAGAUUUUAAAAUUCCUGGAAGGGUACCUGAUCGAAGACAUUGGAUUGAAGACGAACUCACGGAUUUAACUUCGAAAUUCAAUGAAAUGAGCGACGAAUUGCUGCUGCAAUACACGAGUCUCGAAUCCAAAGUUGCCGAACGUACGGAACAACUUGAACAUUCUAAAAAGGCAGCGGAGGCGGCAAAUGAGAGCAAAACGUUAUUCAUUGCAAACAUAUCGCAUGAAUUGAAAACUCCAUUGAACGGGAUUCUGGGAAUGUGUGCUGUAUGCAUGGGCGAGGAUGAUUUGCCAAGCAUUAAACGCUCAUUAAAGACGGUUUACAAAUCUGGCGACCUUUUGUUGAACUUAUUGAAUGAUCUUUUGACUUUCAGCAAGAACCAGAUUGGCCAGCAACUGCAUUUAGAAGAGAAAGAGUUCCGGCUGUCUGAUGUGAAGGAGCAGAUCAAGAACAUAUUCCGAAAGCAAGUGGACGAAGGGGGUAUUACUUUUGGAGUUCACUUCUUGGGCACUGAAAGUACAGAUGGAACUCAACUAGAGAAACCGACCGGAAAGCCUCUACCAGCACUAGGACCUAAUGGUAUCGGUAGAUUGAAAGACAUGUGUCUGUGGGGUGAUCAGCACAGAAUUCUCCAAAUCAUAAUCAAUCUAGUCAGCAACAGUCUCAAAUUCACACCACCAGGAGGAAAAGUAGAAGUCAGAAUUAGAUGUAUGGGCGAAUUGGAUCAACAAUUUGAUGGCGUCACUAGCCGAAAUUCCAUGGGAUCGAAGCAGAGCUCCCACAGGAGAAAUGUUAGAACCCGCACUGGCUCUGGAUCAAAUGCUUCAGGGCAUACUUCAACGCAUGCAUCGGGCCAAAUCUCAAGGACAGCUUCGAAUACCAAGCAAGCUGGUACUGCACUAGUAAUCAACCCUAUGGAUCCAAGAGCUCGUGUCCAAUUAAAUGAGAGAUCGGCAACUCCACCACCAAACAAUGCUAGGACUCUAUGGUUUUCAAUAGAGGUUGAGGAUACCGGACCUGGUAUUCCCGAGCAUCUACAGGAGCGAGUCUUCGAGCCUUUCGUACAGGCUGAUCUGGGGUUGAAUAGAAAAUAUGGAGGAACCGGGUUGGGAUUAAGUAUUUGUUCCCAGUUAGCAGGCCUUAUGGGAGGUUCUAUCUCUCUCGUUAGUACACUUGGAGAAGGUUCCACAUUCAAUGUACAGUUGCCAUUGAAGUUCGUCAAGGAGCGAGCACCAAGCACAUCUAGUUCUGAUGUUAUUGGUUCUCGGCCCGCGAGCAUGGUUUCGCAAUCAGAACUUGAACGUCAUACUCCACAGGGUUCCAUUGAUGCCACGGCUGCUGUAGGAUCCCCUGGAAAAGGUAAUAGCGGUGCAGGCUAUUCAAUGGAUACCCAACCUCGAUUGGUGGGACUUCGACAGCCAUUUUUUACAUCAUCCCCUACACCUCCACCCAGCGAGGAUAAUGCGAAAUCACAACUCGCCGCACUCGAUCGCGCUGCCAAGGAGAAAGUAGGGGAUAAGAAAAUUCGAGUUCUGGUUGCCGAGGACAAUCUUGUUAAUCAAGAGGUGGUUCUUCGCAUGCUUAAACUUGAAGACGUAUACGAUGUAGUUGUUGCCAAGGACGGCCAGGAGGCAUACGACAUGGUAAAGCAAAGUAUGGAAGAGGGCAAGUUCUUCAACUUGAUCUUUAUGGAUAUUCAAAUGCCAAAUCUGGAUGGACUGCAAAGUACGAGAUUAAUUAGAGAAAUGGGUUACUCUGCGCCUAUUGUAGCACUAACCGCUUUUGCCGAAGAGAGUAAUGUUAAAGAAUGCUAUGAGUCCGGAAUGGAUCAUUUCCUAAGUAAACCUAUUCGACGGCCAGCUCUCAAGCAAGUCCUCAAGAAAUUCGCCACUAUCCCAGAAGAGAUAGAAGACUCCUCCGUAACUCGAAAAAGCACACCAGAAAAAGGGCGAGCGUCGAAAAAACAACACAAAAAUACAUCCACUUUAACAUCCAGUCCAGCAUCAAAUUCUGAUGCUGACCUCAUUAAAAUGAAUGGGACUCCUUCACCUCCCUCACCUUUAACCUCAACAUGA